AUGGAGUUUGCGGUUGGACUUGCUCCGUCCACGUCACUGCCUACGUCCUUGAAUCGCUGGAAUUGAAAUCUAAUUCGGUUGUCAAAGGGAGAAAAUAUAAAACUAACAUAUUCUAAAAUUAAAGAGAGAGAGAGAGAAUGAGGUUCAGUUUCUUGGAAAGGCACAUGGAUGCUUACAGAACUUGGAGGACACUCUAGCUCGUACCCCUAUAUUUUUGGGGACUUAAAUUGAGUUCAACGACAAAAGGGAAUCGCAUGAGCAUUAGACUAAGGAGGUUGUCGAAUUCAUUGGUAAAAAUGGCGGAACAAACCAAUUCAUCAGCCGCCGGAGCAAAACGGUGGUCUUUUUGGCCUUCUCUUCUUCGUUGGAUACCUACAUCUACUGAUCACAUCAUCACUGCUGAAAAGCGCCUUCUUUCUCUUGUUAGGACUCCUUAUACUCAAGAGCAGGUCAACAUUGGGUCUGGUCCUCCAGGUUCAAAAGUUAGAUGGUUUCGAUCGGUGAGCAAUGAGCCGAGAUUUAUCAAUACUGUUACUUUUGACAGUAAAGAGGGUUCUCCUACUCUUGUUAUGGUCCAUGGUUAUGGUGCCUCUCAAGGUUUCUUCUUUCGGAAUUUUGAUGCCCUUGCAAAGCAUUUCAAAGUAAUUGCUAUUGAUCAGCUUGGCUGGGGUGGAUCAAGCAGGCCUGACUUCACAUGCAAAAGUACUGAAGAGACUGAAAAUUGGUUUAUCGAUUCCUUUGAGGAGUGGCGCAAAGCCAAAAAUCUUAGCAACUUCAUUUUACUUGGGCACUCUUUUGGAGGGUAUGUCGCUGCAAAAUAUGCUCUCAAGCAUCCUGAGCAUGUUCAGCAGUUGAUUCUGGUAGGACCAGCUGGAUUUACAUCAGAGACUGAACAUAUGUCCGAGUGGAUGACCCAGUUCAGAGCAACUUGGAAGGGAGCUGUCUUGAAUCAUCUGUGGGAGGCUAAUUUUACCCCGAUGAAACUUAUCAGAGGCUUAGGCCCAUGGGGUCCAGACCUUGUUCGCAGAUACACAAAUGCUAGAUUUACUGCAUAUUCUAAUGGAGAUGAUUUGACUGAGGAGUCGUCCAGACUACUCUCAGAUUAUGUAUAUCACACUUUGGCUGCAAAAUCUAGUGGAGAGCUAUGCUUAAAAUAUAUUUUUUCCUUUGGAGCAUUUGCCAAGAGUCCUCUUUUAUACAGAGCACCAGAUUGGAAGGUGCCAACAGCUUUCAUAUAUGGACACGAAGAUUGGAUGAAUUACCAAGGAGCGCAACAAGCAAGGAAGAAUAUGAAGGUUCCAUGUGAAAUCAUUAGGGUCCCCCAGGCUGGUCACUUUGUAUUUAUGGAGAACACAUCAGCAUUCCAUUCUGCUGUACUCUAUGCUUGCCGUAGAUUUAUAUCACCACAGAAGGACAAUGACUCGCUUCCUGAAGGCUUGAUAUCUGUCUGAAGGAGACGCAUUGCCGUGGUGCUUUCAUUGUGUGUGGUAUAGGUAGGUAGUGUACAAUAGAUAGCAUUGAUUUAAUGUUCUCUCAAAUUUGUUUACUGGUCUGAGUAACGUAUCCUUGCAAUUUCUCAGUGAAUAAAAUCAAUAUUGAGGAAGUCAUGAAUGGGCAGCAUUCUUUUCGGCUGCUCCCUCCUUGUAGGAAGUCAGUGUACAGUUAGCUGAAUAAUUUAUGUUCUUGAAAUUACAUUUCUGUUCUUAUAUGAAA